AUGUUACCUUUUUUCACAGGUAAAAAAGUUGGGGUGAAACCUGGUAUCAAUCUGGAGGGUUAUAUGAUAGGAAAUGGAGUUUGCGACGAUUACUAUGAUGGAGCUAAUGCCCUUAUUCCGUUUGCUCACGGCAAGGCCCUCAUUCCCGACUCACUCUAUAAGUUGACAUCUGGAUUGAACAUUUAUAAUAUACUAGAACCUUGCUACCAUGGCAAUGGCAAUUCGGUAGGAGCAAAGAAUAUGACAGGACUACCAGCAAGCUUUCGGGAGUUGGGAAAGACUAAUAAGCCAUUGCCAGUUAGAAACAGAAUGUUUGGUCGUGCAUGGCCGUAUCGUGCUCCCGUUAGGGAUGGAUUAGUUCCUACUUGGGCACAAUUGACCGAUUCACUCAAGCGCCACGGCAACUUCGUUCCUUGCAUUAAUGAUGAAGUGGCAACCAGAUAUCUGAACGACAAAGAUGUUAGAAAUGCCCUUCGCGUUAGUCCGGAGAAAGAAGUAUGGAGUAUAUGCCAGAAUUUUUUUCCAUAUUACCAUGAUGCCGGAAGCAUGCUCCCUUACCACAAAAACCUUACUGCUAAGGGAUAUCGUGCGCUCAUUUACAGCGGUGAUCAUGACAUGUGUGUUCCAUUCACUGGAAGUGAAGCAUGGACUGCCUCUCUUGGUCUGGAAAUUGUAGACAAAUGGCGAUCUUGGAAGUCCGAUUCCCAAAUAGCAGGGUACCUGCAAGCGUAUGCCAAGAAUCUAACUUUUCUCACCAUAAAGGGAGCUGGGCAUACAGUACCAGAAUACAAACCUCGAGAGUCACUGGACUUCUAUACUCGUUGGCUUGAAGGCCAGAGAAUUUGA